AUGUGGUUUGCACAGGCAGAAGCACAAUUCAUUUUGGCAAACGUGACAAAAGAUGAUACCAAGUUCUACCAUAUUGUAGCAAAAGUGGAUCAAACAGUGAUAUGCCAUAUUUCCGAUUUGGUAUCGAACCCACCUGCUCAGGAAAAAUACAAAGCGCUAAAAGAACGUCUAAUAGCACGAUUCGCUUUAUCAUUGGAGGCACGACUCGACAAGCUGCUAGGAGCUUCGGAUCUUGGGGACAUGCGCCCAACACAUUUGUUGGCAAAAAUGCAAGAGGUUGCUGCUGGCCUUAACGUGAACGAAAAUUUGCUAAAAAUGCUUUUCCUGCAGAGGAUGCCAAGCAACAUUCGUCCUGUUUUAACCAUCAGUGAUGGUACGCUGGCUAAACUAGCUGAAAUAGCCGAUAAAAUGAUAGAACAACCACAAGCCGCAUCUGUUUCAACACCGUCUUCAUCUGCUGAUGUCGAUCAGACCGAGUACUUAAAAGAGCAAAUCGAAGUUCUCAGCGCCGAAAUACGUCGCCUUAGGGUAAAUUCAGUUCCUCGCAGAAACCGUUCAUCAUCACGGUCCCGGAGCACUAACGAUUUGUGCUGGUACCACCAAAAGUAUGGUACUAAAGCCUUGCGCUGCAAGCAACCCUGCCAGUUGCGUUCAAAAAACUAA